GCCGUCCUCCUCGCGCGUCAUGGAGAGUUGCUUCAAGUGGCACUGCAGGCACCAAGGCAGUCAGUGGAGCCGGCGAAAAGAAGCUUUCGAUUGGAGCAGUCUGGCCAGCAAGCGCACGUGUGGCUGCCCGAUGCGCCUGUAGAGAGGAUGCCUUUGCUGCUGGUUCUCCAUGGCUCCAGGCCAAUGGAUUGGGAUUUCCUCUCAUUCACCGAGCGGUUUGAAAGAGAUGCGCGGCAGCACCGUGUCGCAAUCGUGGUGCCGGAGUCGCGCGGGCCCACUUGGGACUACUUGCUCACUGGCCAGCGCCAGGACAUGGAUUUCAUCGAGUUUGCAAUAAACGAGGUCCGACGGCGUGUGCCAAUCGAUGGCCGCCGCAUUGCUGUGAUGGGUAUGUCCGAUGGUGGGUCGAUAGGCCUCUCCGUGGCGCUUCGGAAUCCAUCUCUUUUUCGAACCGCGCUGGUCCAGGCAGUCGGCUUCUACGUGGACACGCGCAGUGAUCAACAGGAGCAGCCUCAAAUCUUCCUGGAGUAUGGUGCAAAGGAUCGGCUCUUUACCCCCGAGGGAGUGGCAAAGCCACUAGUCUCCCGGCUGCGGGCUGCAGGGUAUUCCGUAGAGUUCUCGAUGGUUCCGGAAGCAGGACACAUGGUUCGAGAAGAGUUUUUCGCUGUUGCCCUGGACUUCUGGCUUUCUGAAGGAAAGCCGCGAAGUGCCGAGACGGCAACGGCUCCUGGAUACUUGCGCCACUAA